GAAAUGGGCUAAUUUUAGAUUUGUUCCUACCCUCGCCAUGCGAAUGGUGUCGCUGCGAGCCCAGCAAUGAAGUUCACUGUGUUGUAGCAGACUGCGCAGUUCCCGAGUGUGUCAACCCGGUCUAUGAACCAGAACAGUGUUGUCCUGUCUGCAAAAAUGGUCCGAACUGCUUUGCAGGAACCACGAUCAUUCCCGCCGGCAUCGAAGUGAAGGUGGACGACUGCAACAUCUGCCACUGCCACAACGGGGACUGGUGGAAGCCGGCGCAGUGCUCCAAGCGCGAGUGCCAGGGUAAGCAGGCUCUGUAG